UGUAACCACCGCUUUUUUCUACAGAACACAGGACUGUUGCCUGGAACACAAGACCUUAUUAUAAUCAAGGAGUGGAUUUUCCCAUAGCUCAUUAUACUGGGUAUACAAGUGUGUACUGUACUGUUGCACGUAAGUUUCCUUAAACAAAAGGUGUCAACAUGGAGCCGCUAGCAAACACCACAAUAGGACCAAAAACAGAAAACUAUGAUGAUUACACUGACCCAACUUUUGACUAUGAACAAUAUGAAGAAAUAUGCAAGAAGAACGAAGUGCGCAAAUUUGCCCAGGUGUUCUUACCUGCAUUCUACUCAGUGGCAUUUGUGAUUGGAAUGGCUGGUAAUUCUGUUGUUGUUGGGAUAUAUGUUUAUUACAAGAAGAUAAAGACUAAGACUGAUGUAUAUCUUCUGCACUUGGCAGUGGCUGAUCUUUUACUGCUUCUAACGCUCCCGUUCUGGGCAGUGGACGCUGCGCUUGGGUGGCAGUUAGGAAAGUUAAUGUGCAAGAUUACAUCAGCUUUAUACACAUUAAACUUCAGCUCGAGCAUGCAGUUCCUGGCUUGCAUUAGCCUGGACAGAUACUUUGCUAUAAUCAAAGCUUCAAGAUCUGAAAAUAGCAGAAAAAAGAGUCGACUAAUCUGCCUGUUUGUCUGGACCACAUCCACAUUACUUUGCAUUCCUGACUUGUAUUUCAAUAUCAUAAAGGAACAUAACGGUAGACACGCAUGUCUUCCCAUUUAUCCCAAAGAUGUAGCACAACAACUGACUGUUUUCAUUCAGAUCUUGAAUAUAUUAUGUUGCUUCGUUCUGCCAUUUCUUAUCAUUGUGUUCUGUUAUUCAUCGAUAGCAAGGUUUCUAUUAGGAACCCCCGACAUAAAAAGGUCAAGGUCACUAAGGGUGCUAUUAGCAGUUGUUGUGGUCUUCAUUAUAACCCAACUACCAUACAAUGUAGUUAAGUUCUGGAGAGCUAUAGAUAUAAUAUAUUUAUUAAUUGACAACUGUAAUGUUAGCAGAACCAUUGACAUAGUGCUGAGCAUAACUAAAUGCCUAGCCUUGUUUCACUGCUGUCUGAAUCCCAUACUCUAUGCUUUCAUGGGGACCACAUUCAAGUCUCAUGUUACUAAAAUUGUGAAAAGAUAUGCUACCUUGAGAAGAAAACGGGCACCAAGCACUGAAGAAUACUCCAUGUACUCGGAGAACCACGUUGAAGAAACAAGCAGCUUUUCCAUCUAAGGUUGCAAUCACUGCACAGAUUUCAGUUCAUUUAAUUCCAACCCCUAAACUCCAUAAAAUCAAAAAUGACUGAAGAAAAAACGUCUACAAACUAUUCUCAUAGCAUAACAAUUUAACUUACAUGUAUUCAUAUAUAACUGACAACUAUUAAUAGGCAUUAAGUAAAUAUGUAUUUCUUAAAGGGAAUAAAUUAUUAGAUAAUUAUAUAUAUUAAAACAACUUUGCAAUAUACUUUCAUUA